AUGCCGGUGAGAGUGGUAGAGACCUCCUCCUCCUCCUCCUCCUCUGCUCCUGCUCAACUUUCAGGUGAAAAUUCAUCAGGACACACUUCACCUCCAGUUUGUACUCUUUUGACUGUUGGACAGGCCUUUUCGGGUACCCAGAAUGUUUCUAGUCUACAGAAGGAUGAAGCUUGGAGAGUUAAUGUUCGCAUUCAAGGAUGUGACCUUGAUCAUGGUUACUUAUGUGGUACUAUGGAAGCCCUUAAUGUCCCUAUGGCUGAUACUCCCGUAGUGACAUUUUGGGAAGGAGAAAUCGUUGAUGGCAAGAAUUACACUUUCUUCACUGGCAAAUGGGAAGCCUCGCCAGAAGAUGAUAUAAGGCACUGGACUAAGUUUCCAUCUUUCCAACCAUUUCUGGAACAAGUGAAGGUUGAUGGUGGCAAGGCUUUGGACUUGAUUAGCUAUCCGUACAUAUUUAUGAGAUGGAAAGAGCAAUACUUUGUCAAUGUUGGAACAGACUGUGGGUUGACCAUAGCUGGUUUUUACUAUGUUUGCUUCUCUUGUACUGAUGGUUCCAUCAAUGGCUUCUACUAUGAUCCUAAUAGCAGCCCGUUUCAGAAGCUUGAACUGAAAUCGACAAACGAGGGAAGAUCAGGUUUCAGUUUUUCAUCUUAUGAGUUGCAGUAA